AUGGGUGUGUCCGUUCGGUGGAAGGAGAUGCCCACGCCGGAGAUUUUGCGCUGCUCGCUGAUGGAGCUUAUGCUCUCUGUGCUGAGCUCUGGCCUGCAGCCCAGCUGCUUUUCGGAGGCCCUGGACCCGCCCCCCAAGAGCCGCAUCGACCAGGCGGUCACCACUCUACGAGCCACUGGCGCGGUGGAGGAAGGGGUUCGACCCGCCGACGCGGUGCGCUGGACCCGCGAGGAAGAGGAGACCUGGUAUGUGGUGACACCGGUGGGCCUUUGCUUGGCGCGCUUGCCCUGCGAUGUGCGUCUGGGCAAGCCGGGUGCUCAGAACGCGCUCACAUAG